CACAGAUCCUGACUGAAGACAGAUCUUAACUCUUUUCUCUCUCAGGAUUUCAGGUGCAUCGAUGGAAUCUCUCUCAGUGUCAACSAACAGCUUCACUCUGGACCUUUACAAAAAGCUGAAUGAAACUUCCAAAGGCCAAAACAUUUUCUUUUCUCCUUGGAGUAUUGCAACUGCUCUUGCCAUGGUCCACCUGGGAGCAAAAGGGGACACUGCAACCCAGAUAGCUGAGGUUCUUCAUUUUAACCAGACUGCAAGGGAAGAUUCAUCUGAGACAACAAGACCUUCUCCAGCAAGACCAAAGAAAAGAAAGAUGGAUCCUGAGCAUGAGGAAGCAAAAAAGAUCCAUUCUGGCUUCAAAAAACUCCUGUUUGCCAUCAACAAACGCAGAAGCACUUACUUACUGAAGAGUGCCAACCAGCURUAUGAGGAAAAGACAUACCCAUUACUGCCCAAGUUCUUACAGCUCAUUACAAGCUAUUACAAGGCAAAGCCACAAGCUGUAAGCUUUAAGACAGCUGCAGAACAAGUCAGAGCACAGAUCAAUUCAUGGGUAGAAAAUAAAACUGAGGGGAAAAUACAGAGUCUGCUGCCCGCCGGAUCUCUUCAUUCUCGGACUGUGCUGGUCUUAGUAAAUGCCAUUUAUUUCAAAGGAAAAUGGGAAAAGAAAUUUCUGGAGAAAAAUACAUCUGAAAUGCCCUUCAGACUAAGCAAGACCAAGACCAAACCAGUACAGAUGAUGUUUCUGAAAGAUAAAUUUUCGGUACUCCAUGAAACAACCAGGAAAYUCAGAAUCAUUGAGCUGCCAUAUGUGGAAAAUGAACUCAGCAUGUUCAUUCUUCUACCUGAUGACAUCAGUGAUAGCACUACUGGCCUGGAGCUGGUGGAAAGAGAGCUGACUUAUGAGAAAUUGACUAAAUGGACCAAAUCAGACAAUAUGAUGAAAGCUGAAGUGGAUCUGUAUCUGCCCAAGUUGAAGCUGGAAGAGAAUUAUGACCUGAAAUCCACUCUGAGCAGCAUGGGGAUACAAAAUGCUUUUGACCCAGGUCAGGCUGAUUUCACAGGGAUGUCAGCRAAGAAGGAUCUUUUCAUCUCAAAAGUUAUUCACAAAGCUUUUGUCGAUGUCAAUGAGGAAGGUACCGAGGCAGCAGCUGCCACAGGUGUCUUUAUGAUGAGAUCAAGAGUCCCAACAAUGACUUUCAAAGCUGACCAUCCUUUUAUCUUCUUCAUCAGACACAACAAAUCACAAACCAUCCUCUUCUUUGGCAGACUUUGCUCACCCUAGUCAGUGAGCCUGCCCUGCAGAGCAGGAGACGCUUGCUAGCACAGAGGCAAACCCCAAACCUGAAGCUCUCUGCAACUGGGGGAGUGGCACUUGAACCCCUUCUUCAUCAGGCCACASACCCUGGUGCUUGAGGCACAGCCCCCCAAGUGAUUCCUUCCUACCCAGAUGGGAUGCCCAUGGAAGUGCCACGGGGAGUGUGUGAUGCCUUGCAUCCACAGAGCAGUCCUGGCUGUCAUUCGGAUCAGGCCAUCAUGGGUAGCUUUGUCCUUGUCACUAUAAGCUAUGGCAUUUCUCUCUCUCCCACUCACAGCAUGUGCACAAAUAUAUUUUGCCACAAUCCUUCUCUUCACCCUCAUGAUGAAGGCUGCUUAUCCUGAUGUGGUCCUAGCAUGWACUCCCAGCCUGCAGCAAUCAGACCCAGUUCCUACAUUUUAGCCCUAGACUACGUCCUUGUGUUACAGCUGGAGGCACAUUCUCCCAGCCUUCACCCUGUGGCCGCCCCCUUGUUUUCCUUCCACAUCCCAGCUCCAAGCCUUCAUCAGC